AUGGAUAAUCUAACAAGAAAACCCAUUCAAGAGGCGCCCACCUCUAAAAAAACGGGCAACUUGACGAACUCGGAAAAGGAGGUCACUCCCCGGUUCCUUGUCAUCAAGGCUUUGUACGGUUUGUCGUUCGACAAACUUAGCCCGUUCGUGUUACAGAAGCAACCGUACGGAUUGUUUGGAGAAUUUACGUCAAUUAAGAAAACCAGGGAAGGCUUGUUGGUUGAAACCGCGUCUGCGGUACAAGCCAAACGAGUUCUAGUCAGUAAGCGAAUAGGAAACAUAGAUGUGGAGGUUAACCCGCAUAGAGCCUUAAAUACCUCGAAAGGCAUUGUGUACGGUCCCGACUUGUUGAAUUGCUUCUUGGAAGAAAUCCAGGCGGAAUUGAAGCCCCAAGGGGUAAUUGACGUGAGGAGGAUCAAGUCCAAGAGAGAGGGUGUUCUCAGCGACACCCCCAAUCACAUACUCACGUUCAACCGCCCUAUUCUACCGAAAAAGGUGAAAGCGGCGUAUUACUCAUUGGAUGUCAGGCUUUACAUACCUGCUCCAAUGAGAUGUUUUAAAUGUCAGCGUUGCGGCCACACAUCUCUCCGAUGUGAGGCCGAACAAAUAUGUGUGUAUGGGAAGGCUCUCCGCAAGGGGCGACCUUGCGAGGACCCUCUCGUUUGCGUUAAUUGCUCGGUCCAGAUCCUGUCCCGUCUUCAAAAAAGAAGCGGCGAUUCAGGAAAUGAAGACCAAGGAUAA